AUGGAAAUCGAACUGUAUGUCUAUCUGCAAGAUGACACGGGUGGUGUUGGAGGCUUCAAGACUUUUACUUUUGGUGCCACGUCGACAGUAGACGAUUUGAUGGGACAAAUCCGUGAUGUUUUUCAUAUCCCUUUGCAACAUCAAGAAGUUUACCUCGUUCGCGCUGGAACUGAAACUAAAAAUGAAACAUUGGAACAACUCAAAAGUGGUACUCUGCAAAAAGUAAAUGUGACGAAUGAAAGCAAUAUUGUUGUGAAGCACGGAGAUCUUCCGUGGGGUCCGCUGUAUAAAAAAUGUGUUGAGAUUGCAAUGAAGUCGUCGGGCCGUGAACGAAUGUUAAAUGCCCAAGAGGCCGUCAAGCUCCACAUGCGAUUGAUGAAAAAGAUGGAAGAGACCAAGUACAAUGUGAAAUGCCAUCACUUUGGAUCUCGAGCAUGGAGCAAUUCUGGAAAAGGGCAACCUCCGGACAUAAAAGAAUUGUACUGCUACAAGCUGCUCGAAUUGAUCGACGUAGGACCGCAUUCUCAAUUCAUCCUUCCAAAAAAAGUCGUUGACAGCAAGACUUCCAUGUACAUCGCAACAGAAUGGAAUGACGAUUUUGUUCCCAUUUCCAGCAUCAAAGAAGAAAAAGAUGUUAGCGUGGAAGUCCUUGUGCAACUUCUCUUGCUUGGCGCGUUUCUCUUUAUCGAUGAUUUACAUCCUGACAAUUGCGGUCAGUGGAAAGACACCAAGGACGCGGCAAUCACACCUGAAAAGAAAAGCGAGCGCGAGCAAAAAGAUUUCGCUACAAAUAGUCCUCGUAUGUUCAUCCCGUCGGUGCCGCUCAGUAAGCAACAACAACUC